AUGCUGGAGAUGCGGCACGAAUUGGGCCGCACACAGGAGUCUCUGCAGGUACGUUGCUCGUUGCAUGGGUGCAUGUGCACGCGCGCACAUUCAUGCAGCUGCUUGUUGCUCGCCAUUCUCCCCAGCCUCCUCAUGGUGGAGAUGCGGCACGAAUUGGGCCGCACACAGGAGUCUCUGCAGGCGCAGGUGCUUAUUCACACUAUUGCUUGUUUGCCAUUCUCCCCAGUGGUGGAGAUGCGGCAUGAGUCGGGCGGCUCACAGAAGUCCUUGCAGAUGCGCCAUGCACUACGCGCCAAGCUUCAAGACCUGAUUACAGCCCCACACACCCCAAACACAGCAAACGAUAAAAGCAGCAAGGGCAAGGGCACGGGGCAUAAGCAAACCCGCCCACGGCAGCUUGCCGCUUAUCCCCGCAUGGGGAUCAUUCCACGUGUGUAA